UCCCCUUCAACACAGACAAUGAAUCACAGUACCCCUCCUAAUCAACAUGUUGAUGCUUUAAAAUCUUGUAAUAAUAAUGUCAGAGUCUUAAGGAGACGAGUUGGUGAUGAUCAUAUUGAUUUAGCUCCUGAAAUAAGCUUGAAACCUCCCAUGGUUCGGCCUUAUGUUCGAUCAAAAAUGCCUCGUCUUCGAUGGACUUCUGAUCUUCACCAGUGCUUUGUUCAUGCUGUCGAAAGGCUCGGUGGAGAAGAUCGAGCUACUCCAAAGAUGGUUUUGCAGAUUAUGAAUGUGAAGGGGCUUACCAUAUCUCACGUUAAAAGCCAUCUUCAGAUGUACAGAAGCAUGAAGCAUGAGCAAAUGAUACAAGAAGCGGCUAUGGCAGCAAAGAAAAAUGAGAGAGCGGUCGGAAUUAUUCACCGGAAUCCGAGUUAUUUCGCGCACCUGAAUUCGAUGUGUUGCCAUCAGUUUAAAGGCAAAGACUGUAACAAUUCACUACUCAAUCAUGGGCAUGGUGGAGUUAGUUCAAAUACUAGCAUGGCUACACAAAGAAGAGAAAAACAAGAGAUUUGGAAUAUUGGGAAAAAAGUGAGUGAUGAAUCAUUCUCAAAUGAAGAAGUAACAAGCAAGGAAUGGGAACAGAAGCCAAAUCCUUACUAUAUCAUCUUCAAUGAUCUACUCAAAACCAACACUGCCCUAGAGCAAAAAAAGGCGUCGCUAACAAAUGGUGGUGAUCCGGAGAAAAACCAUAAGGUUUUAGAACAUAGAAAUAGUGACAAAAUGUGUUUGUCACUAAAAUCAAAUGCUUCCGAGUCGUCAUUAUUGGAGCUGAAAAAAGCUGAGAAUUUAAAUAUGAAUGAUGUUUCUCUCGAACUUACUCUUGGUUAG